AAUAAUUAUAUUCUUAGAUUUCUUUCUUUUUGGUGCACAAGCUAAGCCGCCUACUGAUCCCUUCUAAUAUCACAACUCAAACUUUUUAGACCACAGUUUUCUUCCUUCUUCUUCUUCUUCUUCUUCUUCCUCCUCUUCCUCUUCUUCUUUUUUUUCUCUCCACUUCUUCCUCAUUAACUUUCUUCUUCUUAUUGAGGUAGGGUCAUGGAGAACUACCAAAUGUUCUUCCCUUGCUCGUCAUCAGCAGCACCGCCUGCCUAUGGCGGAGGUGGUGGCACCAUGAACUUUGACGUCGGGAGUACUUACUCAUCAAGUGGCCUAUUUGGGCUGAAAUCGGCCACCAACCAUAUCGCUGACAUUUCGCUGUCAUCGGCUCCAGAAGUUACCAACAAAGAUCAUCAUGAUCAGUAUCAGCUUCAUCAAGAUCCUGAUCAUCACCACUGUGUUAGGAAUAAUCACCAAGGUGUUGAAUCCGAGAGUACGGAGAAAAUGUCGGGAAAGAAGCUGAAGGGGGGGAAGAAGGUGCGCAGGCCAAGGUUUGCAUUUCAGACGAGGAGCCAGGUCGAUAUAUUGGACGAUGGGUAUCGGUGGAGAAAGUAUGGCCAAAAGGCUGUCAAGAACAACAAAUUCCCGAGGAGCUACUACAGGUGCACAUAUCAAGGUUGCAACGUGAAGAAGCAAGUCCAACGACUAACAAGAGACGAGUCCGUGGUAGUGACAACCUACGAAGGCACCCACACUCACCCCGUCGAGAAAUCCACAGACAACUUUGAACAUAUUUUGUCUCAGAUGCAAAUUUACCCUCUCCCUUACAAUUAGGAUCUCUUGCCAAAACAUGAAGCAAAGAGAUCGAUUAUAGCUUGUUAGUCUCUUAGUAGAUACGAUGCAUUGGGGGGUGGAUGCGGUAACUUUGUAGAAAGACCUGGAAUUUCAGCAUACAUAUACAUAUAUACAUACAUAUAUAUAUAUAUAUAUAUAUAUUAUAGCCAAGGGGGAUUUCAUAUCUAGUGUCGAAUUUGUUGAACUCGAUCGGUUUUAUAAUCUAAUUUUAGUUUUAGUUCAGUCUUACAUUGUAACAAAGACGAAAACUAAGAACAUACAUAAAAGUAGUGCGUGAUAUGUGACAUUCAAAAUCUUAUGUGAAUUGCUUUUUUAAUUUUAAUUUUUUUGUUAUAAGAGAGGUCCAUGCAAUUAA